ACUGUGGAGGACAUCCUACAUACCACCCACAUAAACAUGUGGUUUCUCAUUGUUCUGAUGUUUACCUUUAUGGAGUACAUCGGUGGGACUACGAGCUAUGAGCACCUAGACCCUGUCACCGGGCAAUCAAUCACCUGUAAUCGUUGUCCAGCUGGAUAUCACAUGUCUGCUCACUGUACCGCAACCUCACAGACAGAGUGCCACAGUUGUCCAACUAACCACUACACGGAGUACUGGAAUUACCUGCCCAAAUGUCUGUACUGCAGUACGUUUUGUGUACAUAAUCAGUUUAUAAAGGAGGACUGCUCAUCAACCCACGACAGGGUGUGUGAGUGCAACGAGGGCUACUACUGGUUCGCAGACAUGUGUAUCAAACACUCAGAGUGUCCCGCUGGCUACGGUGUCAAAAGGAGAGGUACCACAAAUUCGGACACGGAGUGUAAGCGGUGCCAAAAAGGCUUCUUCUCCUCUGUCUCAUCCUCGCACUUGGAGUGUGAAAAUCACACUAAUUGCGCUUCUCGUGAACUCAAAACCAUAUUCAGAGGCACAAGCAGGCAUGAUAAUACUUGUGCCUCUUGUGAAAAUUUUACUGAUGGAGGUGACAUGACACAUAUCAGAACUAUCCUUCUUCACUUCUUCUCUCAUCAAAGAAUCCACCAACCUAAGAUGAAAGAGCUGCUCUGGAGGUUCUUGCUCCCACAUACCAAUCAGCAGGUCCAGAUACAGUUGGACAAACACUUUCCCAGACAGAAAGAGACAAUCCUCAGUCUGAUCAGGCAGUGGAUCAGACAAGCUCCAGAGGAAGACCUCAAGAGACUCCCUGAAUGGCUGAGGAAAUCCAAUCUAAACCACAUAGCUCAACGACUAGAGAGGAGGAUUAGAAUUAUGGACCAGCGUUGUCAGUAAGUCUAGUCUCUAGACUAAGACAGUAAAAUGUGGCAAGACUUUGUGUUAUUACUCUUACUAUUGUAAACUGAUCAAAGGACCAUGUUGACAUCAGAACUAUAUGUUGAAUAUUGGAUACCGAUUUUCCUGAAAUAGCAGUCUGGUUUGAUUGAUCACAAGUACAAUGAAUGUCUCGUGUUUGUUUAGUCUCUAAAUAAGAAUUUAACAUUAAAAUACUA